AUAACAUCUAUCAUGAUUAUAUUAAUGAAAUUCUAAAAAAAUUUGACAAUAAUACAUAUACAGAAGCUUCCAGAUAUUUAUCACAAGCACACGUCAUUUCGCACAAGUCACCAAAGUAUUCGGAACAAAUAAUUAUUUAUUGUACAAUACUAAUAAGUCACAAUGCUUUUGGCAAAGCCACGUUCAGCACUAAUGUUUAAAACUACUACGUAUGAGUAUGUAUAUUAAUUUUUUACUAAGUGUACAUUUGCAGUAAGUGUUGCGAAUCCUCGACUAAAGAGCAACCGGUCAGGUCAAACCGAUCGGUCGAUAUUACGCUCAAGGUGGAGGAGGUUUAAUAGAUCGAGUGUUAGAGUAAUCUAGCACUGUAUUUGCACUUGUUGUAUAAAAAUAAAGUGUGAUGUUAUGAACACGGCGGUGGUAAGAUCUUGUUGGGAGUGAAGUAUUUCACCCACACGGUACGAUGUCUGAUGAUGAACUGUCCUCCUACGUUGCUGCUUCUCCCUACCAGCCGUUGUGUUUCGUCUGUCCAUCGUGCCUUUUCGGCUGGGAUUUUGCCGGAGUUUUUUACCUGACCUCGGAGUCAUUAGGUUUGCAGCUCGGGGAGGACAUGUAAUUCGGAAUUUCCUAAAGAAGCGAGUGGGCCUGCCCGAACUCAAAUUCCGCACUCAAAAUUCCGAAAAUAGUAAGUAACUUCUAUAUCAAAUUUUAUCAAUAGUAAUGAAAUUUCCCAAAGUUUUCUAUAAUACACAUAACGUGUUCAGAAAAAUCUUGGUAAAAAUAGUGAUAACUAUAUAGGUGUUUUCGUGAUCUACUAUACGUAUUGCGAAGAAAUUUCAUUUAUGACGUCAUUAAUAUAAUUUUCGUCGAUGAUAGCUUUCGAUCGUUGAAUGAUUUUUCUUUUGAUAUCGAAUUAUUCGAUUGCAAAUGAGCUUUCGAAGAAACACGUACGUACACGGUCGACGGCUGUUUGUGUGCCUUGUUCCUAGAUCGUGAAGCAAAUCGAAAGAGAAAGUAAGUGUCUGUCGUAAGAGCGUAAACCAACUUUAUAACUGACUGCAACGUAAUGUGUUAGUCGCUGGAUGACUGCGAUACAAGGAACGUCCUAUGCGAUAAAUCUUCAGUUCUGUUCUAAUUAUCUUCGUUUCGUAUACGGUAAAACGAUUUUCUGGCAAGAAGUAGAAGAAAAACCGCGUCGUGAGUAUACUUCCGCAACAAAGUAUCGUCACUUUCAUUUAAGAAAGUGGAGUUGCUAGUGGCGAAGAAAUUUUCUUUGCAGGACAACGAUGUGGGGAAGUCUUGAAAAACGAAGAACCUUGAGAUUUUGUAUUUUGAUCCUUGUCUGUCGGCUCGAUUUAUCGAUGGGAUUACCCGUGGAACAACCAACCAGAUUCACCUUAAAUACGGGAGAUACGAAUUCGAGAAAUGUUGCUACAAGGCUAGUGUCUAAUUACGCGCCAGGCAAUAGAGCUUUGGCCAGCGAGACUCAGACCAUGGCGACAGCGGUAGUGCAGAAAUCGGUGGCCUUGAACUACGAACCAAUAUCCUCGGUAACGACCCAGUAUCCGCCAGUUACGAACACUCGACCAAACGCGCGCGAAACUGUGAGACUGGAGAACGAAACUGCGCAAGGUUUCCUAGAGAAGCCAAUUCCGAAACCUAUCCCGAACGUUUUGGAAUCUUUUCUGAAUCCUACACCAUUGGUCGAUGGUAUCAAGGAGGAGGAAAAAUAUGGAAACUCUGGAGACAAGUUUAUCGGCAUUGGUCGGACUCUGGUCGAUGGAUUCGAGAAGUUUAGCAAUUUUCUGAACGGUGUCGUUGACUUUCCACGCAAGACUGUCAAAACGAGUACCCAGGAAAUCACAGACUUUUUAAAUAAAAUAGGAGCUCGUCUGGUCGGAUUAGAGUAAUGUAAAUAUCAUAAUUUAUAAGAUCGUCUUAUUCGGUGUUCUAAUUGUUCUUUUGUUAUUCGAAUAAACUUGUUUGUUUUUUUA